UUUCAUGUUAACUCUAUUGCGCCUGAAUUUUUCGCAGCCUCCGGACGAGCUCAAGUGUGAGCCGGACGAACGCUUUACGCUCUCUGAGCAGUGGGACGCAGGGUCUCCACACAGAGACCAUGUGGUGUCGACAACGUGUCCCAAGAAAAAACAAGGUUGGCAGCGACUCCUGGGAAAGGUUUUUCACCCAAAACACAAGAGCUCUACGAAAGACCACAGCAUAACCGAUUUCGAGUCCACCUUCGCAGCUGUCUCCAACAGCUCCAGCCCUUGCUCGCGUUACGAAGUACCUCCGUCGCCACCGACCAUAUUCGAGAAGCAACGCCCGGCAGGCUUUCUCCGAAGGUCACUGCGAAGAGUGACCAUGGCGGCGCGCAAGCACGACUGAGCGUCGAUCUCGACAACGUCGCGUUAUGGUGCAUGGCGUAAUACUUUUUAUUG